AUGAGAAGUCUAUUGUCUCCCCUCGGGGCUGUUGCACGUGCUGCAUCCUUCCGUAUGCUGCAAACAUCGGCCAUGAGAACAUUUUCUGUGUCGGCGCUUUCCGGAUUCUCUGGCUCCAAAACCGUGGGCUCUGAACAAAAGAACACUCUCUCCAGCGAGGCUCCCAGAAAGACAGGAAAGAACAUUCUCUCAAGAAAGACCUUUUUGGUCGACUUCUACAAACACAUGAACGACACCAACGACAUUCUUUUGUACGUUCAUCACAACAACAUGGUGAAGGCUGAUACCUUGAGAAUCAGAUCAGACCUUCAAAGAUUGGGCGUGCAGUUGCUCUUCCUCCGAAACGGUAUCUACAAGGUGUACUUGCGUUCUUCCGAGGAAGAAAACCCUGCCCUGGCCGAGGCCACACAGAAAAACAAGCAUGUGAAGCAUCCAUUGUCCGUUCUCUUAAACGGUCCAACUGCUGUGAUCGCCAUCAAGGAGUGUAACCCCCGCGUAGUCGAAAGCGUUAUGAAGGUAUUAAAAUCUGCCAACGACAAGCUUAUGUUGAUGGGUGCCCGUGUGGAGACUGCGGUGUACACCGCUUCGCAGGUUGACCAGUUCAAGAGUUUACCUACCAAAGAGGAGUUGCAGGCACAAUUGGCCGGUCUGUUGGCCUACUUGGGUGGAGCUGGUUUGGUGAGAACAUUGGAGUCCAACGGUACUGCUCUUUAUUUGACGUUGGAACAGAGAUCAAAGGAUAUGGACCCACUGGAGAAGUCCGAGGAGUCGUAG